AAACAGUCGUGCUGCUGCCAGGUCCAGAGUCUCUCUCAUGGGUCCCUGUACGGCCUCCCAUUGCUGCUGUCUCCAUCGCCACACACUCUGCCAUGUGCCACUUUCAGGUCUCCUCACACUGCUGUGUGUGUUGAAUUUUUUUGACAUAGGGUGCUGGCAGAUUACGGGCCUCCUCCCAUAGCUGCUGCCAGGCCCCUAAUCUGCCAUGGGCCCCUAUAUAUACCGCCUCCUCAUCAGCUGCUGCCAAGUCCAGAGUCUCUCAUGGGUCCCUGUACGGCCUCCCAUUGCUGCUGUCUCCAUCGCCACACUCUGCCAUGUGCCACUUUCAGGUCUCCUCACACACUGCUGGUGUGUUGAAUUUUUUGAC